AAGAAGCAAAGAAGGAAAGAAAAAAGCUCAAAAAAGGCCCGAGCUUUGAAGACACGUCUCUCCCCAUUUUUUUGCUAAACCAAACCCAUCAAUCAAUUCCUUUCCUCAUUUCUCACCCACUCAGUUGCUCUCUCUCUCUCUCUCUCUCUCUCCCUGUUUUUGAUCGCCGGAGGCACUAAAGGUCAAAUCUUUGACCUCAAUGGCUCUGCAGACCACGACUGCCGCCAAUGCCCUGCUCCCAAAAUCGGUUCUUUCUGUCAAUUCGCCGAAGAUCGAGGUCGGGAGAGUGGCCGGAGGUGAAGUCUGGAGAAGAAACCGAAGGGGGUUUUGUGUGUGUAAGAGCAGCGAUGCUGGGAAGAAUUGUGGGGUGCCCAAUUCGAAUUAUGUGGUGCCCUUAGACAAAUCGUUUUCGUAUAACUCGUCGUGUAUCACUCGGCCUCUGGCUGAGAUUCUCAGGGACCUCAACAAGAGGAUUCCUGAUAACAUCAUCAGUACACCUCCCAGCACUCGCUCCACCUUCAUUCCUUGGUACCAUGCGAACCGGAUGCUGAGUUUCUAUGCUCCUGGAUGGUGUGGAGAAAUCCGUGAUGUAAUAUUUUCUGACAAUGGAAGUGUGACUGUGGUAUACCGUGUCACUGUACGAGGAUCCGAUGCAGAGGCACACCGGGAGUCAACUGGAACAGUUUCACCCAGUGAUGGCAACAUUGUUGAUCCAGUUGCUGCAGCAGAGGAAAUAGCUUUCUGCAGGGCAUGUGCCCGAUUUGGCCUCGGCCUGUAUCUGUAUCAUGAGGAUUAGAGAUGCCACUAGGCCAGAUAGUAGGAGUGUGGACCUUGACCUUCUCCAUGCGUCAACUUUUUGUUAAUUAAGAACUAAGAAGUCAGAUAGAUUGCGCUUUCCUCUACGCAUUGAUGUAUAUAUCUGGCAACUGAGUUGCCAUAUGGUCUUAUAUUAUAUGGUUUGGAUUGGGGCAAGCAAAUAAUUGAUCCUAAUGAUCAUAUUCAUGCCUAAUGCUAUGAAAAAUGGA